CCCAGCCGUUGCGCUCGAGUGGCUCCUUGCGCCCCGCCGUCGCUAUGAGCCGCCUCAGCGGCGUUUGGGAUGGCGCCAGCGGGGAAGCUCGGCUUCUCCUGGACCUGUGAGAAAUGACUCAUUUACGCAGCUGAUGCAGUUUGAAGGCUGGCAUGUUGAGGUGCGUUCAGUAUUUGUCAAAGAACCUUGCCAGAUACACUGCAGAUAUCAAGACGUUGCCACCUAACAUUAAGGAUAAACUAAUUAAAUUAAUGAGUAUUCAAGGGCAAAUAACAGAUUCUAACAUCAGUGAGGUAUUGCACCCUGCUGUAGAGUCUCUAGACCUCCGAGAAUGUGAUAUUUCAGAUAAUGCAUUAUUGCAGCUUUAUAACUGCAAGCAAUUGAAGAAAAUCAACUUAAACUCUUGCAAAGAAAACAGAUUGGGAAUCACCUCAGAAGGUGUCAUAGCCCUGGCCUUAUCCUGCCCUUAUUUGCGUGAAGCAUCUUUUAAAAGGUGCUGCAACAUAAGUGACAGUGGAGUUCUUGCUCUUGCGCUCAAUUGCCGGUUCUUACAAAUACUCAACUUGGGCAGCUGCUCAGGCAUCAUGGAUGCAUCUCUGCAGGCACUGGGAGAAAACUGUAAAUUCCUUCACAGUGUGGACUUCUCAUCUACUCAGGUAACAGAUGAUGGUGUUAUAGCACUAGUGAAUGGAAUGUGUUCCAAGAAUUUAAAGGAGAUCCAUAUGGAGCGCUGUGUUAAUCUGACUGAUGUUGCUGUGGAAGCUGUCCUCACUUGUUGUCCAAAGAUACACAUUGUUCUGUUUCAUGGAUGCCCAUUGAUGACAGAUCGUUCACGAGAUGUUUUAGAGCAGCUCAUCAUCUCAAACAAAAUCAAGCAAGUGACAUGGACCGUUUACUGACUAUUUUUUUUGUCUGCAUAUGUAUGAGUGUGAAGUUUACAGUUGGGAGAGCACCCCUAACAGAGAGCUGGUGACUUCGGUACCUGCAGAUUGCUUCUCUCCUUCUCCCCACCAGAGGUCUCCAUUGCCUUUCCAGUCCUUGAAUGGGCGUCUGAGUCUCUGCUUAGAGCCCUGUUUGUCUUUGCAGCACUGAUCCUGAUUCAUUAAAAGGAAAGUUAAAUUGCAGUCAGCAUUACACUGUCAUCUCUCAGCCUCCUUGAACAAUCAGAUUUGGCCAUUAUUAAGCCCUUUUUAGCGUCUUAGCUACCUACAGGGUCCCGGUUUUACUAUGUCCCUGCUCUGAGUUUUUAAUCUGAGAGGAUAAUUGUAGCUAAAAGUAUCAAAUGUGUGCAUAGUCGUAACAAUUAUGCAACACUGGGACACCGACAGAGGCUAUAGACAGAACUGGUAAGUAGAAGCAUCAUCAACAGCUGUGCAAAUAUAUUUUACGUAGUAAGUCUCCUUUCACCAGGAACUUUUGCUUUGCCUGGAGGAAAAACUACGGACUUUUGUUUUGAUGUUAUUGAUGUUACAGGUUUCUGUCUUUAUUUACCACCAGUCUUACACAUCCAGAGGUACAGUCUGAGCAUGUAAACACGGAAGAUCUUUGGAAUGAUUGUAGUGUUUAACAAAUCUCAGAAUUGUGCUGUUGACUGAUGAAAUAAUCUUAUAUAUGAUACUCAUUUGCUCUGCCUUUUUCCUCUUGCAAAACCAUUGGAGAGAACACAGCGUUGGUCUCUGUAAGCGUAGCUGAGAGUGAAGUAAGUCUGCAUUUAGCAUCAGUACAUGAUUCUCAAGACUGUACAGUUCAACAGAGUUUGAGUUCUGGUGUAUGUGGUUUAUUACACCUCCAGUGGCCUCUGGAAGGUUAAAAUGUCUGUGUAUGUACUGUUUGAUUGUAGUCAUCUUAAAAAGUUACAAGUGUAGAACUGAUUAUGGGACAGAACUGUGGUUUCAUUGUGAUUACAAGGCAUGCUCGCUGGUUUUGUUGAAGCAGUAGAACUUAGAGUGAGACCUGUAUGACUUCUGCAUUAAAUGUUUAAAAACAUUAGUAACUCCAGCAGUGCAGAGAGCAGACAGCACACUGUGGAAGUAGCAGAAUUUAGCUGGGCAGGUCGUACAUGGAUCUGAUGACUCAAAAAUGCCCAAGUUUAGGCAACAGUAAGAAUCACAGAAUGACCUGGGUUGGAAGGGACCUCAAGGAUCAUGUAGUUCCAACCCCCCUGCCUGGCAGGGCCACCAAACAUACACAUUUACUAGAUCAGGUUGCCCAGGGCCCCGUCCAACCUGGCCUUGAACACCUCCAAGGAUGGGGCAUCUACAACCUCCCUGGGCAGCAACAGUAAGAAGUGUUUAUUCUAUAAUUUAAUGCUUGUUGGUAGCCCAUGAUGAUUUUAAAUGUCGUAGAAAUAAAAGAGUCUGACCUAUUUAAAGUACAGGUCAAACAGCAUGGAAAAUAAUUCAUUGCAUCCAGUACUGUUAAAGGAUAUUACAGUAUCUGACAACAGUCUCUGCUCCUCUCUUGAUUAUAUGGCUUAUGGAGGAGCAAGUCCAUUUAGAAAACUUGUUCAUGUGUAACUGAAAGCAUAAUUUUAAAGCUUGGGAACAUAAAUCUCGAAGUCUUUUUGCAUUAAGUCAUUGCUGUGUCUGGUUUCAGGAAAGGUGCCACAAAAAGAGGUUGAAAUCAUUAGCUACCUGAAGUGGGAAGGGGCCCCAGGAGCUGCUUGCCCAAAUCAGGGCUGGCUCAGAGCUCAGCCAGUUUACUCAGGGCUUUCUCUGACCAAAUCUCUCAAGUGCUACAUUCAAAAAGAAAAUUGUAAAUGGAAAUACUUAAAGCAACUUAAGGUAGAAGGCCACUGAGGCCUGUAGCAGCAAAGGACACAUAUAUUGCUAGCCCUUUGCUAACAUGACUCUGGAUUUGUCACAUUAAAGGCAAAUGCAGCUUACCCUGUCCCCAAAUAUGCAUGCAGAUUUACAGUGUUCUUCUGCAGUCUCUUCUAAAUGUGUAACUUAGUGCUGUGCCUCGCUUAGUGCUUAAUAAAAAACAGUACAAUGAUGUGAUGAGUAGUGCUGCAUUCUUAGGUUGACAUUUUGAGUCUCAGUACGUCCUUCACUUCCAGAGCUUAACGCUGCUCUUUCAUAGGUUUGUUACUGCAUCGUUCUACUGGAAUAGUUUUUGAUUCAGGUGAGUCGCAGGCAUUUUCAAUAGGUAGUUUAAGAGUGCAGGAGUGAAGCUGGAGAUGGACAUCGUGUAUUCACUUACCUGUUCAUAUUCAGUAUUGUGCUUGUAUGUUACUGUCGUAGAUUCUUAGGUGAGCGCUGCAGAAUAUUUGUGUACUGCUUUGAAUAUUAAAGCCAGUGAGUCUUGUGUUUGGGUAUUUCUGAAAACGUGUUAAGAUACGUUUUGUGACGUAUGAAUGUCAUAUUUGCACGAGUGUUCAUAAACUUCCCACUUUGUAAGCAG